CCAGCGCCAAGCCGCCAACCCCCCCUUAUAUUCCCCCAACCUCCCACCUCCGUCUCCACCCACAUCUCGUUCCACCACCCCUCUCCUUCCCCUACCCCGAGCCCCAGCUCAAGAAGGAGAAAUCCUCAGAUCACAGUUCGUCCAAUCCAGCUCGUUCUCCUGCGCACCCAAUCCAUCAAAAGUUCUGUUCUUUUUUUGCAAGAAUUCUUGGUGCGCGCGGCAAUGGCGUCCACGUCGAGCUCAACGGCGGUGGAGGAGAGGGGGCGGAAGCGGAAGCGCAGCGCUGGUGGGGAGUCCACGGCGGCCGCGCCGGCGGAGGCGCAGCCGUUCAAGUGGCGGACGCGGCGGGUGCACGAGGUCUACUCGUCCAACCUCCUCGAGGCGAUCCGCUUCGUUCGCGCCGGGUUUUCUUCUGCCGCCGCGGCGACGGCGACGGCGACCCAACCGCGCAGCAGGGCUGUGCGCGAGGCGGCAGACCGCGCGCUCGCAGUCGCGGCGCGAGGGCGCACGCACUGGAGCCGCGCAAUCCUCGCCUCCCGCCGCCGCCGCCUCCAGGCCGUACGCCGCGCGCGCCUCCGCAACCCCACCUCCCCGCCUUCGCGCCACGCCCCCGCCGCCGACGCCGCCUCGGCGCAGGGGAGCGGCACAAAGACGCCGCCGCUGGCGAGGAAGGCGAAGGUGCUGGGGCGGCUAGUGCCCGGCUGCCGGAAGCUGCCGUUCCCGGCUCUCCUCGCCGAGGCCUCAGACUACAUCGCGGCGCUCGAGAUGCAGGUCCGCGCCAUGACGGCCCUCGCCGAGGCGCUCUCCGCCGUCUCCUCCUCCUCCCCCAACGGCGGCUCCUCCUCGCCAGCGUGACCCAAGCUUCAUGAUUCGUGCAUGCGUUGUAAAUUUUUCCUCUUAUCCCCCCUUGAAUUUUUCCUCUUAUCCCCCCUUGAAUUUUUCCUCUUAUCCCCCCUUGAAUUUUUCCUCGGGAUUUGUUAACCUCUAGCUCCCUCUCUCCCUCCCCUAGUGUACUUUGUCGUGUUGUUUCUCUCGGUCUCAAUUGGGUGAGCGGUUAGUGUGAUGACGGCGAAUGAUGAUGGCGUUCCAGUGAUUAACCCGUGCUCUAAUGUAGUAGAAGACGUAGGCCACAGUGGUUUUGUAGUCUCCUCCCUUUCAGCUCAGGGUUCUUUUGUAGGUUGGAUUGUUCUUGUUCUCUUCUGCUUCGAUCGCGCUCUGAUAAAGGCAUCUUGAAAUGCUCAUUCAGCUCA